AUGGAGAAAAAGAUUUUCAUGGCCAGAGUUGCCGACCAAUCUGAGAGAUACGAAGACAUGGUUGACUUCUUGGAAGAGAUCAUUGAUGACAGCUCUAAAGAUGUAUCCAUGGACGUCAAGAACUUGCUCAGUGUUGGCUUCAAGAAUCUUAUCUCUGCUUCAAGAUCUGCUUACAAGACAGUUCAAGCCAUCGAGCAGAACAAGAAGUACGCUGAGUACUCCUCCAACUGUGCUGAGUACAAGGAGAAGAUCUCUACUGAACUCGAGAAGAGCUGCGCAAGAGUUAUCCAGAUCGUCAAGGAUAAGAGUCUCUCUAAGGAAGAUCUUAAUGAUGAGGCCAAAGUCUUCUAUUUGAAAAUGAUCGGAGAUUACUAUAGAUAUACCGCUGAAACUGCUAAGGGAGCCAAACUUGAAGAAGUAACUGAGAACGCUAAGACCUACUACGAGCAAGCUACUGAGGCUGGAAAGGACUUGAAGCCAUACAACUCUAACAAGUUGGGUUUGGCUUUGAACUUCUCUGUCUUCCACUAUGAGUUGAAGAACGACUCUUCUAAGGCUUGUGAGAUCGCUGAGCAAGCUCUUAAUGGCGCUAGAGACCAGAUCGAUGAGAUGGAUAAUGAUGAGGCCAGAGAUGCCCUCUCCAUUAUUGAGCUCCUUAAGGAGAACCUCGACCUCUGGAAGGAGGAAGAGGGUGGUGAAGACAAUGUUGUCGAAGAUAUCUAAGACACAUGUCUAGCCCAUGUAUUCAAUUCCUAUCAUU